UGGGUGUUAAUAUGGAUGGCUCUGGCGAUUGGUUUAACUGCCUCUCAAAGUGAGGAUACGUCAAAGGCCACAGUUAACAUCAUCCCCUCAAUGUCAAGGAUACCUGAGAUUGCAGGAGUGAGUCCUAUACAUAAUGGCCAAGUCUGCAGUACGUGGGGUAACUACCACUUCAAGACCUUUGACGGAGACAUCUUUCAGCUCCCCUCCACCUGCAACUAUGUUGUGACCUCACUGUGCCAUAGCAGUUAUGAGGAUUUCAACAUCCAGAUGAGGAGGCAGGUGGUGGACAACCAGCCCACCAUUAGCAAGAUCACCAUGAAGCUGGAUGGCACAGUGGUGGAGCUUUCCAAGGGUUCCAUUGUUGUUAAUGGGAAUAAUGCCACCUUACCAUUCAGCCAGUCUGGUAUUCUCAUUGAAGAGACUCCCUCCUACAUCAAGAUCAAAGCAAAACUGGGAUUGGUAGCCAUAUGGAACCAGGAUGAUUCCUUCUUGGUGGAGAUGGACAUCAAAUUCAGAAAUAAGACCUGUGGUCUAUGUGGAGAUUUUAAUGCAAUUCAGCAAUUUGAUGAGUUCUAUAGCCAUGGUAUGAAAUUGUCCCCUGUCGACUUCGGAAACUUCUGGAAAUUGGAUGGUCCCACUGAAAGCUGUACUGAAAACACACUGCCUUCAAAUCAGAAAUGCCCCAAUCUGAAACCAGUUUGUGAGCAGUUGCUCUCCGGUCCUGCCUUCAGCAGCUGUAAGGACUUGUUGGCCAUCGACUCAUUUGUUGAGGCCUGUGUAUCUGACCUGUGCCACUGUGAUAACAGCACCAACUCCUUCUGCCUGUGCAACACCAUCUCAGAGUACUCCCGUCAGUGUGUUCACGCAGGGGGGAAGCCCAAACAAUGGAGGACUGAACAGUUCUGCUAUAAGACAUGCCCCUUCAACAUGGAGUACCAGGAGUGUGGAAAUCCCUGUGUUGACACCUGCUCCAACCCUGAGAGAGGCCAGCUGUGUGAGGACCACUGCUCAGAUGGCUGCUUUUGUCCUCCAGGAACUGUUUUUGAUGACGUCAACAAGAACGGUUGUAUCGCCUUGAGUCAAUGCUCCUGCCGCCACAAUGGAAAAACCUACGCACCCGGAGAGUCUUAUUCAAGCACUUGUAAAGAUUGUUCUUGUGCUGGUGGUCAGUGGAAGUGUGUGGACAAGGACUGUCCUGGCACCUGUGCUGUGGAGGGCGGAUCCCACAUCAACACCUACGAUGGAAAAACCUACACCUUCCAUGGGGACUGCUCUUAUGUUCUGACCAAGGACUGUGAUGGGAUGCAAUUCACUGUACUGGGUGAUCUGGUGCAGUGUGGGCUUUCUGACAGUGAGACUUGUCUAAAGGCUGUUACCCUGUCCCUCUCAGAAGGAGCCACUGUGAUCAACAUACAACCCAAUGGAAAAGCCUUUGUAAAUGGAAUCUAUUCUCAGCUGCCCCUUUCUGCUGCUGGAGUAACUAUUUUCAGAGCCUCCUCAUUUUUCGUCAUUGUCCAGACCACCUUUGGCCUCCAGUUGGAAAUCCAACUCUCACCAAUCAUGCAGGUCUAUAUUGCUGCAAGCACCGUUUGGCAGCAGAGAACUUGCGGUCUUUGUGGAAACUUCAACAACAACCAAGGAGAUGAUUUCAAGGUCCUGAGCGGAGUGACUGAGGGCACAGCCAUUGGUUUUGCAAACACCUGGAAAACACGAGCCAGCUGCCCAGACAUCAAGAGUAGCUUUGAAAGCCCCUGCAGUUUAAGUCUUGACAAUGAGAAAUAUGCCCAGCACUGGUGCUCUCAGCUGGCUGAUCCUAAAGGGUUGUUUGCUAAAUGCCACACAGCAAUAAGCCCAGACAUGUACAAAGAAAACUGCAUGUAUGACAGCUGUAACUGUGAGAAGAGCGAGGACUGCAUGUGUGCUGCCGUCUCCUCUUAUGUCCACGCUUGUGCUGCCGAGGGUAUCCAGCUCACUGGCUGGAGAGACACUAUCUGCAACAAAUACUCCACCUCGUGCCCUAGCACCAUGGUCUACAGCUACAGCAUAAAAAGCAGUGAUCGCUCCUGCCGCUGCUACAGCGACUCUGACUUUACCUGUUCAAUCACCUUCGAGCCUGUGGAUGGGUGUGUCUGUUCUGAGGGAACCUACCUGGAUGAUGAGGGCAAGUGUGUUCCACCAGCCAGCUGCCCUUGUUAUUACAAGGGCUCAGUGGUGUCCCCUGGAGAGGUCAUCAGCAAGGAUGGAACCAUGUGCACCUGCAAGGAGGGAAAACUCCGUUGCAUUGGAGAUUCACCCGAUCAGCCAUCAUGUGUUGCACCAAUGGUUUUCUUCAACUGCUCCAAUGCAAGCCCAGGAGUGAGAGGGUUAGAGUGUCAGAAGAGCUGCAACAUUCUGGAUAUGGCCUGUAUCAGCACAGAGUGCAUAUCAGGCUGUAUGUGUCCCUCUGGACUGGUAUCCGAUGGAAAAGGAGGCUGCAUCAAGCCAGACCUUUGUCCUUGUUCUCACAAUGGAGCUACUUACCAACCAGGAGACAGAAUCAAGGUCGACUGCAAUACCUGCACUUGUAAAGACAGAAAAUGGCAGUGCACAACUAACCUGUGCCUUGGAACCUGUGCCAUUUAUGGAGAUGGACACUACAUUACUUUUGAUGGGAAACGAUUCACUUUCGAAGGAGACUGUGAAUACACACUUACAAAGGACUACUGUGGUAGCAACAAUGCCAACGGCAGCUUCAGGGUCAUCACUGAGAACAUCCCUUGUGGAACGACAGGCACCACCUGCUCCAAGGCCAUUAAGCUCUUCCUGGGGAACAAUGAACUAAUUCUGACAGAAGGGAACUACCAAGUCGUUGAGAGAAAUACAGGGGAGGCGGUUCCUUACCAGAUUCGCACAAUGGGCAUCUACCUUGUGAUUGAAGCCAAUAAUGGGUUGAUUCUCAUGUGGGACAGGAAAACAAGCAUGUUCAUCAAACUGAACCCACAGUUCAAGGGACAUGUCUGUGGUCUCUGUGGAAACUAUGAUGGCAAUGCAAACAAUGACUUCACUACCAGGAGCCAGGCAGUAGUUGUCAACCCUCUAGACUUUGGAAACAGCUGGAAAGUCUCUGCAAGCUGCCCCGAUGCAAAGAACAAAAGGAGCCCCUGUACUGCCAACCCUUACAGGCAGUCUUGGUCACAGAAGCAGUGCAGCAUCAUACAGAGCAAAGUUUUCACAGACUGCCAUUCUAAAGUGGACCCCUCUCCUUUCUACGAUGCUUGUGUGACAGACUCGUGUGCUUGCGACAGUGGUGGAGACUGUGAGUGUUUCUGUACCGCUGUGGCAGCUUAUGCAGAGGCCUGUAAUGAGGCUGGAGCCUGCAUAGCCUGGAGAAGCCCACAAAUCUGCCCACUGUUCUGUGAUUACUACAACCCCCCUGGAGAAUGUGAGUGGCACUAUAAGGCAUGUGGAGCUCAGUGUAUGAAGACCUGCAGGAAUCCCUCUGGGAGCUGCUCAACUCAGAUACCACCUCUUGAAGGUUGCUAUCCAAAAUGUCCUCCUGCUCAACCCUUCUUUGAUGAAGAUAUAAUGAAGUGUGUGGAGAAGGAGCAGUGUGGCUGCUAUGGCAGAGAUGGAAAACACUACAAUAAUGGAGAAAAAGUACCGACCACAGAAAACUGCCAGACAUGCUAUUGUAAUUCUGUGACAGUGGACUGCAAAUACGAUGUACAAGCUUGCACUUGCACCUACAAUGGGAACAAAUACCCCAAUGGGCAUAUCAUCUAUCACACCACAAAUGGGCACGGCAGUUGUAUCACAGCCAUCUGUGGGAAGAAUGGAACCACUCAGAGGGACAUUUACCCAUGUUCAACUCCAACUCCAACUUUAACUCCAUCUGUUCCUAACUCUACUCCAUCCUCUACAGUGACAACAACUGUCUUUACUUUCUCAACACCCACAACUGCGCCAACCACAACUUCAACAGAGACAACAGUGUCUCCAACAACCUUUACUACUACAUGUGGCUAUCCAUGUGUGUGGUCACAGUGGUUUGAUACCACAUUCCCUACACUUGGUACUCCAGGAGGAGACUCUGAAACCUACAACAACAUAAGAGCAGAGGGACACGAUAUAUGUGAGAAGCCAAGCAAGAUCCAAUGCAGAGCCGAGAAGUACCCAAAUGUUAGCAUAAGCCAAGUAGGCCAAGUGGUGCAGUGUAAUGUAGCAGAAGGGUUGACUUGCAGAAAUGAAGACCAGUCAGGAAAAUUCCCACUGUGCUUUAACUACCAAGUUCGAGUCCUCUGCUGUGAUGAAGAUCUUUGUACAUCUAAGCCUACAACCAUUUCACCAACAACUACAAGACCACCUGUUACAACAACAACUACAAACGCAACCACCUCCACUAUAUCAACGACCACGUUGAAUACAAAACCCCCUAACUGCACAGUUUGUGAGUGGUCACCUUGGUAUAAUGUGGACUAUCCUCAAUUUGGUCCUGGGGGUGGUGACAAUGAAUCAAUUAAAAAGAUUCUAGAAUCUGGAAAACAUAUUUGUGAAAAACCAGUGGAUGUCAUGUGCCAAGCAGUGCGAUAUCCAGGGAUCCCAUUGUCUGAAUUAGGACAGAAGGUAGAAUGUAAUACAAAGGUUGGAUUAAUAUGCCAGAACAAAGAUCAAGGUAUUCCUCCAAUAUGCCUUGACUAUGAAAUUAAGGUGAAGUGUUGCAAGACUGUGAAAUGUCACACUACAACACCAGUCCAAACAACUAAACCUACUGUCACAACAACAACAAUGUCAGCAUCCACAUUACCUACAACAACAAGUAAACCAACAACAAUCACUACUCUUCCAACCUCAACUCUACCUCUAACCACAACUACAACUCCUACCACUACUCCAACACCAAAUACCGCAAUCUUAACAUCGACUGCACCACCUACCACAUCAACAACAGUUACUCAUAUCACUACUCCUACACCCACGACAAAGACUUCAACAUCGACAGCUCCACCUACAACAAAAACAACAACUCAGACUCCCAGCCCUAGUACAACUCCAACCACUACUCCUUCAUCAACCUCAACAGGAGUAACACCUACCCAAUGCAGUGGUGAAGAAACAUGUGUGUGGUCAGACUGGAUCAACCUUGGUCAGCCAACGUCUGGCUCUGAAGGUGGAGAAAAUGAAUCCAUUAAGAACAUCAUUGCUGCUGGUUAUCACAUUUGCUCAGCUCCAGAGGCAGUUGAAUGUAGAGCAAAACAAUUCCCUGGACUUCAGAUCUCUCAGCUUGGCCAAGAUGUGACUUGCAAUCCAUCUGUUGGACUGAUUUGUCAAAACAAUAAGCAAGGUCCUCAGCAAAAGUGCUUCGAUUACGAGAUUCGAGUGAAAUGUUGUCAAUGUGGAACCACAACACACAUCCCAACCACCGCAACAACAACAGUUCCUCUCGUCACUACUCCUACACCCACUACUACAACCUCAACAUCGACAGCUCCACCUACAACAAAAACAACAACUCAGACAUCCAGCCCUAGUACAACUCCGACCACUACUCCUACAUCGCCCUCAACAGGAGUAACACCUACCCAAUGCAGUGGUGAAGAAAAAUGUGUGUGGUCAGACUGGAUCAACCUUGGUCAGCCAACGUCUGGCUCUGAAGGUGGAGAAAAUGAAUCCAUUAAGAACAUCAUUGCUGCUGGUUAUCACAUUUGCUCAGCUCCAGAGGCAGUUGAAUGUAGAGCAAAACAAUUCCCUGGACUUCAGAUCUCUCAGCUUGGCCAAGAUGUGACUUGCAAUCCAUCUGUUGGACUGAUUUGUGAAAACAAUAAGCAAGGUCCUCAGCAAAAGUGCUUCGAUUACGAGAUUCGAGUGAAAUGUUGUCAAUGUGGAACCACAACACACAUCCCAACCACUGCAACAACAACAGUUCCUCUCGUCACUACUCCUAUACCCACUACUACAACCUCAACAUCGACAGCUCCACCUACAACAAAAACAACAACUCAGACAUCCAGACCUAGUACAACUCCAACCACUACUUCUACAUCACCCUCAACAGGAGUAACACCUACCCAAUGCAGUGGUGAAGAAACAUGUGUGUGGUCAGACUGGAUCAACCUUGGUCAGCCAACGUCUGGCUCUGAAGGUGGAGAAAAUGAAUCCAUUAAGAACAUCAUUGCUGCUGGUUAUCACAUUUGCUCAGCUCCAGAGGCAGUUGAAUGUAGAGCAAAACAAUUCCCUGGACUUCAGAUCUCUCAGCUUGGCCAAGAUGUGACUUGCAAUCCAUCUGUUGGACUGAUUUGUCAAAACAAUAAGCAAGGUCCUCAGCAAAAGUGCUUCGAUUACGAGAUUCGAGUGAAAUGUUGUCAAUGUGGAACCACAACACACAUCCCAACCACCGCAACAACAACAGUUCCUCUCGUCACUACUCCUACACCCACUACUACAACCUCAACAUCGACAGCUCCACCUACAACAAAAACAACAACUCAGACAUCCAGCCCUAGUACAACUCCGACCACUACUCCUACAUCACCCUCAACAGGAGUAACACCUACCCAAUGCAGUGGUGAAGAAAAAUGUGUGUGGUCAGACUGGAUCAACCUUGGUCAGCCAACGUCUGGCUCUGAAGGUGGAGAAAAUGAAUCCAUUAAGAACAUCAUUGCUGCUGGUUAUCACAUUUGCUCAGCUCCAGAGGCAGUUGAAUGUAGAGCAAAACAAUUCCCUGGACUUCAGAUCUCUCAGCUUGGCCAAGAUGUGACUUGCAAUCCAUCUGUUGGACUGAUUUGUCAAAACAAUAAGCAAGGUCCUCAGCAAAAGUGCUUCGAUUACGAGAUUCGAGUGAAAUGUUGUCAAUGUGGAACCACAACACACAUCCCAACCACCGCAACAACAACAGUUCCUCUCGUCACUACUCCUACACCCACUACUACAACCUCAACAUCGACAGCUCCACCUACAACAAAAACAACAACUCAGACAUCCAGCCCUAGUACAACUCCAACCACUACUCCUACAUCACCCUCAACAGGAGUAACACCUACCCAAUGCAGUGGUGAAGAAACAUGUGUGUGGUCAGACUGGAUCAACCUUGGUCAGCCAACGUCUGGCUCUGAAGGUGGAGAAAAUGAAUCCAUUAAGAACAUCAUUGCUGCUGGUUAUCACAUUUGCUCAGCUCCAGAGGCAGUUGAAUGUAGAGCAAAACAAUUCCCUGGACUUCAGAUCUCUCAGCUUGGCCAAGAUGUGACUUGCAAUCCAUCUGUUGGACUGAUUUGUCAAAACAAUAAGCAAGGUCCUCAGCAAAAGUGCUUCGAUUACGAGAUUCGAGUGAAAUGUUGUCAAUGUGGAACCACAACACACAUCCCAACCACCGCAACAACAACAGUUCCUCUCGUCACUACUCCUACACCCACUACUACAACCUCAACAUCGACAGCUCCACCUACAACAAAAACAACAACUCAGACUCCCAGCCCUAGUACAACUCCAACCACUACUCCUACAUCACCCUCAACAAGAGUAACACCUACCCAAUGCAGUGGUGAAGAAACAUGUGUGUGGUCAGACUGGAUCAACCUUGGUCAGCCAACGUCUGGCUCUGAAGGUGGAGAAAAUGAAUCCAUUAAGACCAUCAUUGCUGCUGGUUAUCACAUUUGCUCAGCUCCAGAGGCAGUUGAAUGUAGAGCAAAACAAUUCCCUGGACUUCAGAUCUCUCAGCUUGGCCAAGAUGUGACUUGCAAUCCAUCUGUUGGACUGAUUUGUCAAAACAAUAAGCAAGGUCCUCAGCAAAAGUGCUUCGAUUACGAGAUUCGAGUGAAAUGUUGUCAAUGUGGAACCACAACACACAUCCCAACCACCGCAACAACAACAGUUCCUCUCGUCACUACUCCUACACCCACUACUACAACCUCAACAUCGACAGCUCCACCUACAACAAAAACAACAACUCAGACAUCCAGCCCUAGUACAACUCCAACCACUACUCCUACAUCAACUUCAACAGGAGUAACACCUACCCAAUGCAGUGGUGAAGAAACAUGUGUGUGGUCAGACUGGAUCAACCUUGGUCAGCCAACGUCUGGCUCUGAAGGUGGAGAAAAUGAAUCCAUUAAGACCAUCAUUGCUGCUGGUUAUCACAUUUGCUCAGCUCCAGAGGCAGUUGAAUGUAGAGCAAAACAAUUCCCUGGACUUCAGAUCUCUCAGCUUGGCCAAGAUGUGACUUGCAAUCCAUCUGUUGGACUGAUUUGUCAAAACAAUAAGCAAGGUCCUCAGCAAAAGUGCUUCGAUUACGAGAUUCGAGUGAAAUGUUGUCAAUGUGGAACCACAACACACAUCCCAACCACCGCAACAACAACAGUUCCUCUCGUCACUACUCCUACACCCACUACUACAACCUCAACAUCGACAGCUCCACCUACAACAAAAACAACAACUCAGACUCCAGCCCUAGUACAACUCCAACCACUACUCCUACAUCACCCUCAACAGAAUUCGAGUGAAAUGUGUUGUCAAUGUGGAACCACAACACACAUCCCAACCACCGCAACAACAACAGUUCCUCUCGUCACUACUCCUACACCCACUACUACAACCUCAACAUCGACAGCUCCACCUACAACAAAAACAACAACUCAGACAUCCAGACCUAGUACAACUCCAACCACUCCUCCUACAUCAACUUCAACAGGAGUAACACCUACCCAAUGCAGUGGUGAAGAAACAUGUGUGUGGUCAGACUGGAUCAACCUUGGUCAGCCAACGUCUGGCUCUGAGGGUGGAGAAAAUGAAUCCAUUAAGAACAUCAUUGCUGCUGGUUAUCACAUUUGCUCAGCUCCAGAGGCAGUUGAAUGUAGAGCAAAACAAUUCCCUGGACGUCAGAUCUCUCAGCUUGGCCAAGAUGUGACUUGCAAUCCAUCUGUUGGACUGAUUUGUCAAAACAAUAAGCAAGGUCCUCAGCAAAAGUGCUUCGAUUACGAGAUUCGAGUGAAAUGUUGUCAAUGUGGAACCACAACACACAUCCCAACCACCGCAACAACAACAGUUCCUCUCGUCACUACUCCUACACCCACUACUACAACCUCAACAUCGACAGCUCCACCUACAACAAAAACAACAACUCAGACUCCCAGCCCUAGUACAACUCCAACCACUACUCCUACAUCACCCUCAACAAGAGUAACACCUACCCAAUGCAGUGGUGAAGAAACAUGUGUGUGGUCAGACUGGAUCAACCUUGGUCAGCCAACGUCUAGCUCUGAAGGUGGAGAAAAUGAAUCCAUUAAGAACAUCAUUGCUGCUGGUUAUCACAUUUGCUCAGCUCCAGAGGCAGUUGAAUGUAGAGCAAAACAAUUCCCUGGACUUCAGAUCUCUCAGCUUGGCCAAGAUGUGACUUGCAAUCCAUCUGUUGGACUGAUUUGUCAAAACAAUAAGCAAGGUCCUCAGCAAAAGUGCUUCGAUUACGAGAUUCGAGUGAAAUGUUGUCAAUGUGGAACCACAACACACAUCCCAACCACCGCAACAACAACAGUUCCUCUCGUCACUACUCCUACACCCACUACUACAACCUCAACAUCGACAGCUCCACCUACAACAAAAACAACAACUCAGACUCCCAGCCCUAGUACAACUCCAACCACUACUCCUACAUCACCCUCAACAAGAGUAACACCUACCCAAUGCAGUGGUGAAGAAACAUGUGUGUGGUCAGACUGGAUCAACCUUGGUCAGCCAACGUCUGGCUCUGAAGGUGGAGAAAAUGAAUCCAUUAAGAACAUCAUUGCUGCUGGUUAUCACAUUUGCUCAGCUCCAGAGGCAGUUGAAUGUAGAGCAAAACAAUUCCCUGGACUUCAGAUCUCUCAGCUUGGCCAAGAUGUGACUUGCAAUCCAUCUGUUGGACUGAUUUGUCAAAACAAUAAGCAAGGUCCUCAGCAAAAGUGCUUCGAUUACGAGAUUCGAGUGAAAUGUUGUCAAUGUGGAACCACAACACACAUCCCAACCACCGCAACAACAACAGUUCCUCUCGUCACUACUCCUACACCCACUACUACAACCUCAACAUCGACAGCUCCACCUACAACAAAAACAACAACUCAGACUCCCAGCCCUAGUAGAACUCCAACCACUACUCCUACAUCACCCUCAACAAGAGUAACACCUACCCAAUGCAGUGGUGAAGAAACAUGUGUGUGGUCAGACUGGAUCAACCUUGGUCAGCCAACGUCUAGCUCUGAAGGUGGAGAAAAUGAAUCCAUUAAGAACAUCAUUGCUGCUGGUUAUCACAUUUGCUCAGCUCCAGAGGCAGUUGAAUGUAGAGCAAAACAAUUCCCUGGACUUCAGAUCUCUCAGCUUGGCCAAGAUGUGACUUGCAAUCCAUCUGUUGGACUGAUUUGUCAAAACAAUAAGCAAGGUCCUCAGCAAAAGUGCUUCGAUUACGAGAUUCGAGUGAAAUGUUGUCAAUGUGGAACCACAACACACAUCCCAACCACCGCAACAACAACAGUUCCUCUCGUCACUACUCCUACACCCACUACUACAACCUCAACAUCGACAGCUCCACCUACAACAAAAACAACAACUCAGACAUCCAGACCUAGUACAACUCCAACCACUCCUCCUACAUCAACUUCAACAGGAGUAACACCUACCCAAUGCAGUGGUGAAGAAACAUGUGUGUGGUCAGACUGGAUCAACCUUGGUCAGCCAACGUCUGGCUCUGAGGGUGGAGAAAAUGAAUCCAUUAAGAACAUCAUUGCUGCUGGUUAUCACAUUUGCUCAGCUCCAGAGGCAGUUGAAUGUAGAGCAAAACAAUUCCCUGGACUUCAGAUCUCUCAGCUUGGCCAAGAUGUGACUUGCAAUCCAUCUGUUGGACUGAUUUGUCAAAACAAUAAGCAAGGUCCUCAGCAAAAGUGCUUCGAUUACGAGAUUCGAGUGAAAUGUUGUCAAUGUGGAACCACAACACACAUCCCAACCACCGCAACAACAACAGUUCCUCUCGUCACUACUCCUACACCCACUACUACAACCUCAACAUCGACAGCUCCACCUACAACAAAAACAACAACUCAGACUCCCAGCCCUAGUACAACUCCAACCACUACUCCUACAUCACCCUCAACAAGAGUAACACCUACCCAAUGCAGUGGUGAAGAAACAUGUGUGUGGUCAGACUGGAUCAACCUUGGUCAGCCAACGUCUGGCUCUGAAGGUGGAGAAAAUGAAUCCAUUAAGAACAUCAUUGCUGCUGGUUAUCACAUUUGCUCAGCUCCAGAGGCAGUUGAAUGUAGAGCAAAACAAUUCCCUGGACUUCAGAUCUCUCAGCUUGGCCAAGAUGUGACUUGCAAUCCAUCUGUUGGACUGAUUUGUCAAAACAAUAAGCAAGGUCCUCAGCAAAAGUGCUUCGAUUACGAGAUUCGAGUGAAAUGUUGUCAAUGUGGAACCACAACACACAUUCCAACCACCACCACAUCAACGACAGGUCCUCAUAUCACUACUCCUACACCCACUACUACAACCUCAACGUCAACAGUUCCAUCUACAACAAAAACAACAACUCUGCCUCCCACCACUACUAUUAUUCCUACAACUCCUUUUUUUGUAAUAACUGGUGAAACAGCGAAACCAUCGAUUCCAGUUACAAUCCCCCUUUAUUGUUCUUUUUGCCAUUUCAAUCAUACUGAUUUCCUCAUUGGCUCAAUUGUUUAUAAUGUCUCUGACCAUGAUGGAUGGUGCUACAUUGGUCUCUGCAACAAGACUUGUGAAAUAGAAACACAUUUGACCAGCUGUGGUACAUCAACUACCCCAGUUACUCCUACUUCACCAACCACUUCACAGCCCCCAACAACAACAGUUCCACAUGUAACAUAUCCAUCUGAGAAGAACUGUGACCAUGACCAUCCUCCAAGACAGAAUGGUGACAGCUGGAAACAUAACCAAUGCACCAACGGAACAUGCGCCAACGGGAAAGUUAUUUAUGAGCAUGUACAUUGUGAGACUCCGAAGCCUAUAGCAUGUGAAAAUAACUAUCCUCCAAUCCAAGUGUUUGACGAAUCUGGAUGCUGUUUCCACUAUGAGUGUCAAUGUAUAUGCUAUGGUUGGGGAGACCCUCACUAUGUCACCUUUGAUGGAACGUACUAUGGCUUCCAAGGAAAUUGUUCUUACGUCUUGGUCAAAGAAAUCCUGCCAAAGUACAACUUCAGUGUUGUAAUCGACAAUUACUAUUGUGAUGCCCCAGAUGGACUUUCCUGUCCUCAGUCUCUGACCAUUUUUUAUCAAUCUUACAAGAUAUUCAUGACCAAGAAGGACGUUGAUGGAGUUUUCACAAGUCUGAUUUAUGUAAACCAGAAACGCAUCAUCCCAGCAUAUGAGACCAAGGACUUCCGCAUCACAGACAACGGAAUUGAGACCCUUUUAGUCAUACCAGCAAUUAAUGCCAAGGUGUCUUUCACUGGUCUUAUGUUUAGCAUAUACCUGCCCUGGGACAAGUUCAGUGGCAACACUGAGGGACAGUGUGGUACAUGUGACAACAACCGGACAGAUGACUGCCGCUUGCCAAAUGGGACUAUCGAUUCAUCUUGUCCUGACAUGGCACACCAAUGGUAUGUGGCUGACCACAAUAACAGUCAGUGCACACCACCACCACCAGAGCCGAUACCAACACCACCACCAGGCUGUGAUCCACCCAUUUGUCAUCUCAUUCAAAGCAAGGUCUUUGAGAGUUGCCAUAAGAUAAUCCCCUACGAGCCAUUCCUUGUGGCAUGUAUCUUUGAUGCGUGUUAUAUGGAUGAUGUUACCAUUGGCUGCACCAGCUUGCAGACCUAUGCUGAUGCAUGUGCACAAGCAGGAGUCUGUAUUGAGUGGAGAAAUUAUACAAAUGGACAAUGUGACUUCACAUGUGAGAAACCCAAGGUUUAUAAAGCCUGCGGUCCACAAGUUGAACCAACCUGUAAUGCCUGGUACAAUUUCAAAUUCAUCCAGACUCAAAAUGAGUUCAGUGUCAUGGGAGAUAAACAAUUGGAGGGAUGUUAUUGUCCCCCUGGGACCACUCUUAUGAGUUCCAGCUCAAACUACUGUAUCCCCAGCUGUGAUAUUUGCCCAUUGCCAAAUGGAGAAUGGAAAGAGGCUAAUGAGACCUGGGUGAGCAACUGCCAGGAGUGUGUGUGUGACCCGUACAGUCUGGAAAUCCAGUGCCAGCCUAUGGCAUGCCAACAUCAGCCUCCUCUCACCUGUAAUCAGGAGGGCCAAGUUAAGGGCGUAGAAACCGUUGACUGUUGUCAAAAGGACAAAUGCGAGUGUGAUGUCACACGAUGCUCUACUUCCAAGAUAACUUGCCCAGUCGGAUUCGAGACAGAGGCAACUAUGGGAGUCUGCUGCCUAACUUAUCAAUGUGUGCCAAAGAAUGUCUGUGUGUUUAACAACACUGAAUAUCAGCCUGGUGCCAAUGUUCCUGGGGACAAGUGUAAGAAUUGUGUGUGUGGUGACAGUGUAGAUGCCCAAAGCCAUCUACAUAUCAUUGAGUGUCAUCCUACUGAAUGUGACACUCAUUGCCAGCAGGGCUAUGAUCAUCAAGCCGUUCCUGGGCAGUGUUGUGGGAAGUGUGUACAGACAAGCUGUGUGGUUAUGCUGCCAGAUAACACAACACACACUAUUCAGCCUGGUUCCGUCUGGAUACCAUCGGGAGACAAGUGUCUCAAGUAUGAGUGCGUAAAGAUUCAGGAGCAAUUCAUCCCAAUCGAGGCUAAGACUGUGUGCCCUGUCUUCCACCCAGAAGACUGCGUACCCGGAACUGAAGUCAUUGCUCCAGAUGGUUGCUGCCAUGUCUGUAUUCCAAUAACUAAGCCAUGCAAUGUGACAAAGAGCAAAGUGUACCUGGACAGCAAUGGCUGCAAGUCUGCAAACAAGGUGGAAGUGACAACAUGCAGUGGAUCCUGUGUCACCUACGCCAUGUAUUCUCUUGAGGCCAACAUGAUGGAGCGCUCUUGUACCUGCUGUCGGGAAGAAUCCACCACCAAGAAGGAAGUGGAGAUGAUCUGCCCAGACGGUUCAAAGUUCAACCACUCCUACAUUCACAUCAAUAAAUGUGGCUGCCAGAGGACAGAGUGCGUGACCCCGGAGGAGACCCAGGUCACAAGGUCACGACGCAGAAGAUGAAUGACUCUCCACUACCAUCCCUUUACUGCUUAGAUUAGUUCUCUAUUUAUGUUCAACUUGUUCAUGUUCCUGCAAAGUAAUCUGCUAAACAUAGGAGAAGUCAUUUCAGCUUCUUAUUCAUUUUUUAUUUUAUUUUAGCCAUUCAAAACAAUUAAAUAAAGUUGGCAAUAGGCUGUGCAUA